AUGCCGACAGGCAAGAUUGAUGCUGAAUCACGGAUACAUCUUCUCUCUGGAUUCCCAUCUCUUGCACAUUUCAUCGCGAGUGAUCGCGAUCGCACAACCCUCAUAUUCAAACGAUACGAUGAGCUCGCCGCAAGAAAUCUGCUUUAUUUACAAAGCGAGCUCGCCGGACUUCAGGGAAAGCAACGCGCUUUCGACCAAGAGGACUUGAUGUCAAAUCUAAGCACAAAGCAAUGCGCACGCAACUAUUCGGACUUUAAAUUGGCAGUGCAGGCCGAUGAUGCGAGACAGAAAGAUCGAUGGAAACUGAUGAAGGAUAUCCGGGAGACUUUGAAGGAAUAUCGAGAAGCUUUACUGUUCGAAAGCACAUUAGCAACUCUUCCGAGACCGUCUAAGGGCGUUUUACGCGCCUUCCAAACCGAGUUUUAUAACCAGACUGAGGGCAAAGGCGAGCCAUUUCCUACACUUGGUGGGUACAGCGCCGGGCUAUACGACGACAUCGACGACCUAGUCGCAUUGCGAGUCCACGAUGACCAGGAUCGAUUGACGACUUUCGCACAAGAGCAUCUAGCGUUUUUCUUCCCAGACCGCAAGCGUCCCCACCAUGGCAUAGCCUACGCUUCGGACCGUGCCAUUAGCUCCUUCAUAGCGUGGUUCAGCACUAUCCUAGCAGCACUACUACUCAUAGGCGCCAUCGUCGUUCUCUACAAAGUAACCUCACCAGACUGGAGAUUAGGGCUAAUAGCGACUUUCACCACCUUGUUUGCUGGAAGUGUUGGGUUGCUGACGAAUGCGCGGAGAGCAGAACUGUUUGCGGCAACGGCAGCGUACGCGGCAGUUCUUGUAGUUUUUGUGAGUGGAGACCUGGGAAAUAGUCAAUCAAGCGUGGCGCCAUCUGGCUAG